AUGUGUGACAACAAAACACCAGUCCAAAAAUCAAACUCUUCAUGUGGAAGACUGCCCACAAGUCUACCAGUUGGAGAGAGAUUGUUGUCAAGACACAUUCCGGUGGAUCCCAAAUGCAAACGAUUUGGUGAAGUUGAAACCAUCCCUCACCUCUUCUUCCAAUGUGCUUUCUCCCAACAGGUGUGGAGAACAACUCCUUUUGUUGGUGGUUUGGAAAAUGUUGAUUGGACCGAAUAUGAACAAGCAUGGACCAUACUCAAAAACAAAAUAUGUCUACCACCGGGCAACAUAACUACAGGACCACUCGCACCAUGGAUAUUGUGGUCUCUAUGGAUUUGUAGAAACAAACUCGUCUUGUCGGCAAGAGAGUCACAUCGGAGGAAGCCCUCACAACAGCAAUCUCAUCGGCAAGGGAAUGGCUCAAGGCACAACAACAACCAACGCAUCCAAAAUGAAGAAACACUCGAAUCAAUCACAAACCAACAUAUGAUGUAUUGGUGUGUCAAUCCGAUGCUGCGUAGAGCUCAGAAAACCAAACAGCUGGGCUUGGAUGGUUGGUCAAACUACAUGGAACCCGCAACCUAG